AUAAUGGAGACAAACAAGACUCUGGUGACUUUGUUUCUUCUCACAGGACUUACAGAUUGUCCAGCGCUGCAAGUCCCCCUGUUCCUGGUGUUCUUGGUGAUCUACCUCAUCACCAUGGUGGGGAACCUUGGACUGAUUGCUCUCAUCUGGAAGGAGCCUCAUCUUCACACCCCCAUGUACUUAUUCCUAGGCAGCUUAGCCUUAGCAGAUGCUUGUACUUCAACCUCAGUGACUCCCAAGAUGAUUAUUAAUUUUUUAUCUCACAACCAUGUGAUAUCCCUCUUUGGAUGCAUAGCUCAAUUUUAUUUUUUUGGUUCCAGUGCAACUACUGAAUGUUUCCUCCUGGUAGUGAUGGCCUAUGACCGCUAUGUAGCCAUAUGCAACCCCUUGCUUUAUCCAGUGGUUAUGUCCAGCAGCCUCUGUACUCAGUUUAUAGGUAUUUCAUAUGUUAUUGGGUUUUUGCAUUCAGUAAUUCAUGUGAGUUUGUUAUUGAGAUUAACAUUUUGCAGGUCCAAUAUAGUACAUUAUUUCUACUGUGAAAUUUUACAACUAUUUAAAAUUUCUUGCACUGAUCCUACAGUUAAUAUGCUCCUGGUUUUGAUUUUUUCAGCCUUUAUACAAGUCUUCACUUUUAUGAUCAUCAUAAUCUCUUAUAUCCAAGUCCUCUUUGCCAUCCUGAAAAAGAAGUCUGAAAAGGGCAGAAGCAAAGCCUUCUCUACAUGCAGUGCCCAUCUUCUCUCUGUCUCUUUGUUCUAUGGCACUCUCUUCUUCAUGUAUGUGCAUCUUGGGUCUGGCCCAGCUGAAGCUCAUGACAAAAUGUAUUCUUUAUUUUACACAAUAAUAAUUCCCCUGCUAAAUCCUUUUAUUUAUAGCCUGCGGAACAAAGAGGUUAUAGAUGCCUUGAGAAGAAUAAUAAAGAAAUAG